CAGCGCCAUGUGUGUCCGGGUCACGCGCGCGUGGGCAGCGCGCAGCCUGGUCCGCGUGCCGGUGAGGAGGCGGCGCCGCAGAUUUUACAGGUUGUGUGGUUGCCUGUUCAGCUGCAUUCAUCAUGAUAACUCCAGCAUUUGAACUGAGCCAGGACCCAGAUUUUCUUACUAUAACGAUCAAUGUACCUUAUGCCAAAGUUUCUGAGUUUGAUGUAUAUUUUGAAGGAAAGGAUUUUAAAUUUUAUGCUAAGCCUUACUUUCUCAGGUUAACUCUUCCUGGAAGAAUUGUGGAAGAUGGAAGAGAAAAAGCAUCUUAUAACGUGGACAAAGGCAUUUUUACAGUUCAACUGCCUAAGGAGACUUCUGGUCAGUAUUUUGAUGGGUUGGACAUGCUGACGGCUCUGUUAGCACAGAAGAAAUCUAGAUCAGCUAAACCAUUAGUGGAAGAGAUAGGUACCUCUGCUGAGCUAGCCGAGGAGGAGGAAGAGGAAGAAUUUGACUGGGAAAUUGAACAGACCCUUUAUCAUGAAACUGCAGAAAGCACUUUACAUUUACAGUGCUGCUAUGGGUUUGGAAAUUUGAAAUCGGGAGUGUUCCAACGAUUGCAGGAUGAACUCAGUGAUGUUAUUGACGUUAAGGAUCCAGACUUAACUCCUGCAGAUGGACGCAGACAGAAACGACUGGAGACUGAGGCUGCUAAGUUUGAUCCUGAUCAUUAUCUUGCUGACUUUUUUGAAGAUGUGGUCAUUCAGCAUGUUUUGAAGUACAAGCCCUGGUGGGUUGAUGCUUAUGCAAAAAAGAUGGCUUCCCAGGGAAGGAAUCCUCAGGAACAUGUUAGUCAAACAACGUUCGUCUCCUUGUCAGAAGAAGAGAGAGAGCAGCUGAGAAAAUUCACAAAUAAAUCUUACCUGCUAGAUAAAAGAACCCGUCAUCAAGUGUAUUUCAGUUUAAUUGAUAUCCUUCUGGCAUACUGCUAUGAAAUUUGUAUUACUGAAGGAGACAAAAAUGUCGAGUCAUCGUGGAAUAUCAGGAAACUGAGUGCAACUUUGUGCUGGCUUGAGAGUUUCACUAGUAUUCCUGAAGUCCUGGUAUCCUUUGGAAGAAGAGUUUUAUGUUAUCCACUCUACAGACAUUUCAGAUUAGUGACACGAGCCUUCAGUGAUACAGUCAUGAUAUUGCAACUAGGUAAAAGUGCUGUUUUGAAAUGUCUGUUGGACAUUCACAAGAUUUUUCGAGAAAAUGACCCUGCCUACAUCCUUAAUGAUCUCUACAUUACGGACUACUGUAUUUGGAUUCAAAAAACCAAGUCAAAAAAGUUGGCAGCACUUGCUGAAUCCCUACAGAAAGCCAAAUUAACUAAGGCCCAUUUAGGGUUUGAGCUGGAAGAGUUGGAAUCAGCUGCACUUCUGGUACAAGAGGAAGAAAGUGAGUUAAAAGCUGUCAGCUCUGUUUCCAAGCAACAGCUGCCUUCCUCUGAAUUGGAGACGAGUGACUCUGAAGAAUCAAGCAGUACUUCAUCAUCUGAGACAGAAAGCUCUGAUUCAGAUGAACAAGAGUCCUCAACCAGUGAAGAUGGGAAAAUAAAUUCUCUACAAGGCACACUCCAAGAGGAGAGGACAGCCCCACUUAUUGACUGCAAUGGAUUAGGGCGAGACACAGACACUUUGACGUUAGAUGUUAGUAAUGAAAAAUCGAAGGCUUCUUUACAAUCUACAUCUGUUCCUGGAAAACUGAUAGAGGAAUUAGGAAAGAAAAUGCAGACUGCAAUUAGGCUUUCAGAACAGCCCGAAGAAUUGGCUACUGCGAGCUACACAGUUUUGCAAGAGAAAGGAGCAAAUUAUGCAGUUGAACCCCAAAGACUUUCUGAGGAUCCAAGUGGAAAAGAAAAUUUCUUGGAGGUUUCCCCAAAGAAAAACCUACUGCUGUUUGUUGGCAGCACAAAUGAAGAUGAAGACUAAACAAGCGUGUUAGGAAAAACUCUGACCCUUUACGGAAUACAGCUCAUCGCUAUAAUGUGAUAUUGUUCCUAUAUGUAAUGUGUGCAAAAAGGAGGUGAUAUUUUUCCUGGGGUUUUUUUUCACCAUGUUGACAGUUCUUAAACACAAGACAGCUUUGAAGAUACUCAACAAGACUUUCUCAAACCCUCAUAAUUAGAUAUAUUUUGUACAUCAGUGAUUCAUCAGAAAGUAAAAUUUUGAUCCCCAAAUGUAGGAAUCUGUAACUUCAGUAAAUACUUUCAGGAACAGUUUUAAUUAAGGUUAGUAAUGGAAUAAAGAGAGAUAAUGAAAUAUAACUGAAAAUAGUUGUACCAUCAGUUAACUGCCUCAAUUGAUGACAUCUUCUUGAUAAAUACCCCCGUAUAUUCAUGAUUUUUUUAAUGACAUUUUACUACAUUAUUGAAUUUCAAAUAUUUUAUUACUAAUUUCUCUGCUUCAAAAAGAAUGAUGAAUGUCAUAAAAAUCCAAGCAGCACUGGUAGUUUUUGUUUGUAGAUCCAAAUAAAUGUUCCUCACCUUUUUGUUAGUACAAAAUAAAGGGAGUUUCUUUAUUUUGAGGUCCAAGCAAUGCUAUGUAUAACUUCUGUUUCUACAGUCCUGUUAUAAAUUGUUCUUUACCACUUUCAGCAUUUGUUUAUUUUACUGUGCUGUCCAUUUUUGGAAAUGUUUCUAGGUUGUCUCCUUUUCAAAAAUGAAAAAAUCUUGUUUUGUAUUACUAUUCCAGGGCUGUUUCUGGCCCCACUGAGGUGGGGAGACAAUGUGGUCUACUGCUCUGAGCACAAGAAUGAAAGCCAGGAGCUCACAAUUUCUAGUCCCAGCUCUGCCACUGAUUUACUCUGUGUCUUUGAAAAAAGUCACUUAACCUCCCUAUGCCUCAUUUUCUCCAUCAGUAAAAUAUGAAUAAUACUUGCCUAUCUCAAGGUGGUGGUUUGAGAAUAUUAAUUAAUAUGCUUAUGGUAAUAGUGAAGAGUCUAAUGUUUUACAAAUGAAAUGCCAUAUUUCCAGGCAGGUAUGACUUACCCAUAAAAGGUUGCUUAAGGAUGAAAGAUAGCUUGAAUGGUCUCUUGCUUUCGUGUGUGUGUGUGAGAGGUGUGGGUGUGUGUUAUUAAUAUUAAAAUCCAAUUUUUGGGGAAUGAAAAAAAAAAUUGAAUUUGGCAGAGUUUCUGGUAGUUUGUCAUUGGUAAGUGACAGUUCUUGAAAAGGGAUGGUUAUUGCAUAGCGGAUGGUGCCGUGCUGUCAUUGGAACAGGGUAACAGAUUGGUGAUGAGGAACACCAGGAUUUAUGUGCUCUCAUGGGAACUGUGAAACUCCAGCACAUCUCAAAUUUAGUCUUCCCACACUUACUUUUCGACCUUCACUUACAAUUACAAAAGCAUAUAGGAAGUCACAAUUUAAAAACAUUAAAUUCUUCACCCUUGUUGCAAUAGUCCCCGCAUCUCUAAAGUCAGCCGGCUCGCUCUGUGCCAACACAUGCUCCGGUUUCACCUCUGUUGGUAGGAACUGCAGCCCUCACCCUACCGAUACUGAAUUUAUAAUCCUAGGUGCUUGUGAGUCACUUCACCGCCACUUGUUUUCUCCUCUUCCUGUAAGGGUGGAACCUUCCUCAUCUUACAAUUAAGCAUUUCUUUCUCUCCCUACUAACAAUUAAAUCCAAAAUGUAGCUGGUAUAAGCAAGAUGCAUUUGAGAAUGACAAAGAGAAAACAGGUAGAAAUAAAGGGUGAAUGUUGAAACUUACUAGAAACAGGGUGCAGAAAGCUGAACUAAUGUGGGUUGGGAAAUGCAGGUUGCAAAAGUUAAAGGGUACACGUCAGAAUCCACGUCUGCCGCUUUCGUUUUUUGUUUUCUCUCCCCCCCCAUUUUGUAGCAGGCUGCCAAGGAGAGCUGGUUUGCCUCUUCUCCAAACAGGUUUGUUUCCCUCUAGGAACUGGCUACUUCUUUUAUCGUGAAAUAAAUCUUUGUUCCAAAGGGUACAAAGGUGGCUAAGGACAUUACACCAAUCUGCCUUUGUCCAGGCACACGAGAGCUUGACCUUUCCCCACUACUCCUCAAGGAACCUUUCUGGAGUUAAAUACCUGCAGUGUCUCCUCAAAGUGACAUUGUAGCAAAUUCCGUAUGGAUAGGAACAUAUAGAACAUAGUAACUCUCUGGGACACUUUGGGGUUUCACCCAGACCACCUCCCCGUUAACCUUGGUUGCUACCGUGCAGUGCAGCUUUGGCUCAGAGCCCUGAUACCAUCAGCCUGUUUGCAGCUCAGUGACCUCUCCCUGGCUUCCACUUGCCUGGUUACUCCCUGCAGGGUGAUGAAACAGCCCGUUCAGUUCAGGUUUCCCCAAAAAUGUUCUCCUUCGAGUGCUCAGACCCUCUCCCUAUAGCACUCUCAAAACCUUAUCGAGUUUGCUGCUCCUGUAAAGAGACGGAACACAGCACCAGCCUGUUAGUUUGGCUGAGGAUUUUACAGGUUAGUUUGAAAUGCAGCAGGACUGAGGUGGCUGUGUAGUAAAACAAGACUAUUAAAUUUAUUACCAAGGAACAGAUGUGUAAGUGAUACCAAGUAGAAGGAUUUGGGAUAGAAAUGGUUACAAACAAAAGUAAACAUAUGCUUCAAAGACUGAAACCUAACUUAAGCUAGAGUGUUUUGUUUGGAGUAGCUUUCUCACCAUAGUUGUUCUUCCAGCAUGGCUGGCGAGUCCUUAAGCCAGGAUCCCACACAGAGCCCAAAGCAGUGGUUUCCCCAGGAAUUGAAAUUAGGGGGGGUGUUCGAAUUUACCGGGGGGGUGUCAGGGCCGAUGAAGGGUGAAGGUGGGCUGUAUGGCACCAUAGUAAAAACUGAAAAAUGUUUCAUGACCAUUUUAUUAGAUUUAACUCAUGUUUUAAAAUCCAUCACACAAAUUAAAGUUGGCUACUCAAGCCUUCUAUGAAGCACUAUGUCUACAUCCUUCUUGGUUUUUUGUUAUA